UCCAUGAGUUAAGCAUGGCAGCGUGGUGGGAGAUUGGAGCCAAGGAAGCCUUGAAAUACAGCCCAGGUUUAUCCUUCAUAUGAAGCUGAUCACUCCUGGCCAGCAUUGUCCCCGUUGUGUCCCCAGCUGAGCUCUCUGUGCCCAUGGUGCCUGCAGGGGGUGGCUGAGCAGGGCCAUGCAUCAUCUCUUCGGGCUGGUUUUGGCACAGAAGGACCUGUCCCGGGCAGGGGACCUCUUCUCCCUGGAGGAUGCUGAGAUCGAGGGAAGCCUCUCUGAAGCUCUUGAACAGAUCAGAAUCAUUAGUUCAGCUGCAGACUACCAGACCAAUGACAACGACCAGGCAGUGGUGGAGAUCUGCAUCACCCGCAUCACCACGGCCAUCAGGGAGACUGCAUCCAUCGAGAAGCACGGCAAGGCCCUGGUGGCUCUCUGGGAGUCCUGUCUGGAGCACAACCUGAAACCCUCUGGCAAAGAUGAGGAUGCUCCACAUGCCAAAAUCGCCUCUGACAUCAUGAGCUGCAUCCUGCAGAAUUACAACCGGCCUCCAGUGAUGGCCCUGGCUGUGCCAGUGGCAGUGAAAUUCCUGCAGAGGGGCAAUAAGGAGCUGUGCAGGAACAUGUCCAGUUACCUGUCCUUGGCUGCCAUUGCCAAGGCAGAGCUGCUGGCUGAGCACACAGAAACCAUCCUCAGGAGUGUCCUUCAAGGUAGGCCCAGCCCAGAGUCUGGGUUUAGUCCAGGUGUCCAGAUCAGUUAGGCUGUGCUAAGCAUGUACACAACCAUUCUCUAAUAGAAUCAAUCAAUCAUUAGGGGUGGGAAAGACUCCAGGAUCAAUCCCACCAUUAAACAAAUCAUAUAAAGCAGACCCAUGGAAAUAUCUAUAAAUGUGAUCAAAUGUAUUCAUCACACUCUAAUAACAAACUUGCUCAAGGAAUAUGUGAAUUUACUGCACCUCUGGAGGUUUUGGUAUGGAUUGGCUGACCCACAGGGCAGGAAAUACAUCUGUACUCGUUAAUAUUCCCUGCUAAUGGACUCCAAAUUAUCAGCCCUGAUACGAGGCACCAGCCAUGGAGCUCUUAUCCUUCCUCUCAGUGUCACUGGCAAGGCUCCAAAAGAGAAAUGGGGAUGAAAUUAAUCCCAUUCUGUGGUGGAAUAGUCAGAUGGAAGAUACAAAAGCUUUGUAGUGGUUCUUUCAUUUUGUCUACGUUAUUAGCUUUAUAUAGAACAAUGUUGCUAAUCUCUUUACAUUUUAUUUUUUUUUUUGUGGUUUAAAAAGCCAAAAAUAUUCAUUCCCCUAUAAAAGGAACU